AUGAAUAAAUAUAGUCCCGUCAUAACUUCCGUGAUCCCUCUCCAUGUCGGCCAAUUUCUCUUUGUCCGCAUAGAGACAGAUGGUGGACCUGUGGGCUGGGGCGAAGCUGGAGUCUGGGGUCACAUCGAAGCGGGAGCAACUGCGGUUCAACGAUUUGCAGAAUAUCUCACCGGAAAAUGCGCAUUCGAUAUCGAGCAUCAUUGGAACGUCAUGCACCGCUUUAGCUAUUUCCAAGGCAUGGCCAUCAAUGCUGCAAUUUCAGGGAUUGACAUUGCGCUGUGGGAUAUCAAGGGGAAGGCUCUGGGUGUACCAGUAUGGGAACUUCUGGGUGGAGCUUGCCGGAAGAAGGCGAGAGUAUACGGUCACAUCUACGAGAAAAACAUCGAGGGCAUCCUCAAAGAGUGUAAAAGAAAGAUGGAUUUAGGAUACACUGCAUUCGGCCACAUCAAUCCGUUUCUGGACGAGGGACACGACCAAGUCUACUUUAAAACACAUGUCAAGAAGAUGCAAGACGCAGCCGACAAUGUGCGUCGGAUGCGCGAAGUCGUAGGCGAUCAAGUCGACCUUCUCAUAGAAUUGCAUCGUCGCCUAACACCAGCUGAGGCAUUCACUUUCACCAAUAUGAUCAAAGAUUACAAUCCUAUGUUUGUGGAGGACCCAAUCCGCCCAGAAAACGCCGAUUCGAUGGCCCGCGUUGCAGAUCGUAUUGUAGUACCCAUCGCUACUGGCGAGCGAUUCAGCAAUAUAUACGAGUUUCAAGCCCUCUUGUCUCGCAAUGCGGUAGAAUAUGUCCGCGUCGAUGUCGCUCUGUGUGGCGGAAUUACCGGCGCAAAAAAGGUUGCUGCGAUGGCAGAAGCACACAAUGUGCAAGUCGUGCCUCACAAUCCGCUUUCUCCCAUCGGCCUAGCUGCCUGUCUCCAGAUCGCUGCGAGCGUACCAAAUUUUGCGAUCCAAGAGUACGCGACCGGUUUCGAGAAUGGUGUCUUCACUUCUUCUUUGGAUCAUCUUGGCAGUAAUGUUGUGGACGUGGUUCCGAAAGUUGAAAACGGGUUUGUCGACAUUCCGACGGGUCCGGGUAUUGGCAUCAAUCUCCUGGAUAAUGCUUCUGAAAUCCGACCUCCGUUCAAUCAGCCAAUGCAUAUGAGGCCUCAUUACGAUGGCUUUGUCGUUGAUCAGUAAGACUGAUCAUGGUGGAGUGUUGCUCGAGAAAGGUUCGUCUCAAGCAGGCCGUUGAAACACCGCAAAUGAGACAUAGAGUUACCG